GAGUGAUACUCGCACUCGAACGCGCACCCGAACUCGCACCUUUGAUUUGAAGCCGUGAAGAAGGUGUAGCAGGUUGUAUGUACGCAUCGUUACCGUAAUUCUCGCACUCAAAAUCAUUCUUUCGUUUUCUUUCCUCUCACAAUUAUAGUUUCCGUGGGAGAAUGGCCACCGACUGACCACUCACUGACCACUGACCACUGACCACCGACCGCCGACCGCCGACCUACAGUAUCACACACAUAUAUCCCUACGAUCCAUACUCCCAUACUCCAUACUCCAUACUUCACGCUCCCUCUCCUCGACAUAUCGUCCAUCACACAUACACCCGCGCUCUCUCGUCGGGAGCAAAGGGAUUGGGGAAAGGCUGGAUACAAUAGAUUCUGGUCCAGCGAACACGAAAGGGACACGGCAAAAGGAAACGAGCAAGGGGAAGAGGACUAGCAGAAUCGGUAGAAGUAUACCGUGGGUGGUUUAUCAUCAUCGUAAUAGCAAGAAACAAUAAUAAUAAUACCUGCAAAGUAUACCGGCCUGCCCCUUCAAAUCCGAUUCAAUCCAAUUCCAUUCCAUUCGAUCCAAUCCAAUCCAAUCCAAUCCAAUCCAAUCCAGUCCAAUCCAGUGCAAUUCAAUUCAACUCCUCUCACCUCACCUCACCUCGCCUCGCCUCGCCUCGCCUCAAGCCAACUCACAUCCAAUUCCCUUUCCAAGUCAAAGAGAAAGCGCUUGGAUGGAUUAGAUAAAGUCCCUAGUAAGACCCGCGACAACGGCCACCAACCUACCUUUCAAGCCUUUUUUUCCUUUCUCCUGCUUUCAUACGAUCCUCGACCCAAACACACCAUCCUCGACUCAUAAUCUAUGUUCUAAAAAAAAGACCAAAAAAAAAAGAGAGAGUCACCCAUUCACAACACACCACGCAAACCACGCACACACACACACACACACACACAAGAGAAAAAGAAUCCAUCGCCAACAACUCACGCUCACUCUCGCACUCACUCGAUUCCUCUCCCUCUCCCUCUUCCUCUUCCUCUCCCUCUCACUCGCACGCUCUCGCUCACUCUCGCAUUCGCACGAUUCCUCAUCUCAUCCAUCAAGCAAGCGUAAUCCAACUUCGCUUGCUUCAUUUUGAAUUCUACAGAAUACUAUAUCGACCACCUAAAACACUUUCUCCGACGUUGGUACAUUAAUUUGCUUUAUCAAUGACGAUUCAGUGAUUAUUGUCUGUUCGUCUGUCUCACUUCUGGCUUGCGACAUCUUUCCUCUUCCUUUUUUAAGAUUCCAGCUUAUUAGUCUCAAAUUGCAAAUCAGUCAUCCAUCGUAUCGUAUCCCAUCCUAUCGUAUCUUACCCUACUACCUACCUCAACAAAAAGAGUCCCCAAAAGAUUCUCCAAGACUUGCAUUUGAAUUCCGCAAGUAUUCGACUUCAUCUCUCAACCUUCGUCCGUCAAUUCAUCAAUCGGCAUUGUUGGCAAGGGACCAAGAAACCCCCCCCCCCCCCCCCCCUAAAUAUAAUUCCAUCGUGGUGCCAGGCUCGCCUCCGAAACACUUCGAUUGAUAAAAUUCAUCAUCUUUCCGUCAACCGCCAUCUGCGGAUCAAACUUCCAUCAUGAGAGAAGUCAACUUCAGCAUCCCAAAUGUCAACAAGGCAUCGGUCGGGAUCACGACAGCUUUGUACGAUCGUCGAGCCCUCGACUGUACUUCGACCCUACCUUUGAUCAAUUCGCUCAAUCAUCUGGCUUAUCUCACCACAUCGUCCGCUAGAAUUAGAGAUAUCCUGACGGUCGAUGGAGGUGUCGAAAGAUUGGUGUGCCUUUUGAAGGCUGGGCGAAGUAAAGAUAUGAUGGACAUGUGGAAAUGGAAUUUGGCUUUUCAAUGCGUCGUCAAUAUUGGUGUACGAGGUUCGGAAAAUGUUCGAACCAGGGUUGUUGAAGCGGAUAUGGUUCCCGUCAUCGCAACGAUUCUCGACAAUUACAUCAAAGUGGUUGAUAGAUGCAGAGAGAAAGCCGAAGAAGCGAAGCAGAAAGCUUUGUUGGAACAUCGACACCAAAAUGGAAGAUCAGGGGAACAUCGAAGCACACACAAGGGGCCGUCAUUUGGCAAUCGAGCAUCGCGAUUUGAAUCCGAAUUUCGAGCAUCAAGACGCCAACCUCCUCCACCUUCUAUCGACAUCCCCUCGAACCUCUCGGCUACCGCAAUGACAAAUGGCUCAGACGCCAUGGACAUUACACCAACCGGGCCUCAAUUCGCUCUCACAUCUCCUCCCGAGCGAACUACAUUCUCCGUUCACAGACACCAUCACCAUCAUAGAAAUCAAGAUGCCCGGCAGCAUUUCUUAAUACCACGCCACAACAUGCAACCACUUGCGACUGCAGUUCCGUCGAUGGACGCAGCGGAUGGAUUUAAUAUCAGACCUGUUCGAGAUGUUGACCGUUUGCCAUCAAUGCUGCCAGGAUUUCAAGGUGGUCUAGCAUCUCAACCCGAAUCUCCAACAACUCCUCUCCCCCCCGCACAGAUGCGAUCACCUACCGUUCGUGCGACGUCAAUGUCCGUUGGCACACCUCGAUCACGAAGACGUCCAUCCAUCAGACAUCAAGUUUCAUCUGCUGCUGAUACAGAAGAUAUGAAUGCUGAUAGCAUGGCAUCUGAUGAAUCCGGGGAGCCAGAGAUGACCGACGUCAGUACUGCAGAUAUUCAAGCUACAAAUGUCAAUAUUCAAGAUGUCAAUAUGGAUGAAAAUGAUUCAAUGCUCACAGCUGUUGAAACACCACUUGGUCUUACCACUCCAACCGUUUCCGAAGCACAGGAUGCCGGAACAUUCAACAUCACUCACCGAUCUGCUAUGGAUGGUAGCAUGAUUAAUGAUGCCACGACACCAACUGGACCAACAAUUGGCCUUUCCCCAGCUCAACCUACAACUGUUAAUACACCACCUACCAUGCCACCUACCACCAUUCCAAGAUAUUUCUUAGAUAGACCAACACCACCACAAGGACAAGUUUUGGCAGCCAUGCCCAGAGAUGAAGAUGUAUUAAUGUCUCUCCAACUUUUAGCAUACGUUUCGAAAUAUUGCAACUUGAGAUCCUACUUUCAACAAUCUCACUUAGUUCCCAAACUUAAGAUUGGUUCCGAACUUCAACUUUUAGAUGUUGAUGAGACCAACGCCACCACCCCAGCCGCGUGCUCGUCUCACUCUCACGACGACGAGGCAGAAGAAGAAGAAUACUUACUUCCAGACGAUUUCAAUAUCUUUCCAUUGGUCGAAAAGUUCACCGUCAGGCAUCACAGUCAAGAUAUGCAAUACUGGGCAGGAGUUGUAAUGAGGAAUUUGUGCCGAAAGGAUGAUGCUCGUGGAGGGAUCAGACAAUGUGCAUACUAUCAAUGUGGAAAGUGGGAAGAAUACACUCGACAAUUUGCAAAAUGCAGAAGAUGCCGAAGAACAAAGUACUGCAGCAAAGAAUGCCAAAAGAGUGCCUGGGUGUUUCACCGACAUUGGUGUGUUCAAGCAUCUCAAUGAUUUUAUCAUUCAUCAACAAAAACGGACAAAAGUUUAUUAUUUAUGGCUAUUAGCUAUAAAUCGACAAAAGAACCCCGGAUUUCAUAAUGUCUUUACGACACCAGCGACUCAAUCGAGAUUUCUUAUGUCAAAUCAUAUCAACAACAUCAGCAUAUUCCAUGGCGUUUUAAUAUCAUCGGUGGUUUCAAAUACGAUACCUUUGCAGCAUGCAAACUCCAAAGCCAAGAUCAUUGGUUUUCAUCGGCAAAUAUUCAGUUUACCCUUGUUCAUCACAUCCUCCAUUAUAUCAAUUCGAUUCGAAGCGGCAUUAAAAUAUGAAUAUGAUGGCAUACGAUUCGAAUGAUUCAAUGAAUGGAGCACGAAUUUCUUUUGUCAUACCUUUUCUGGCAUACCUUUUUCUCUUGAGAAUGCAACUUAUUCUUGAAAUCAAUAUCUUUUUUUUUUUUUUUUUCGAUACCACCGUGGAGGGAACGAUUGAAAUGGUUUCUUAUAUGAUAUGCUAUGAGCAAAUCAUUAAUACCGUUUCGUAUCAUUCAAAUUUAUAUCUUCAACCUCUCAAUCCUUCCAUCUUCAAUCUAACCGACCGGCUCUUGGGAAAACUCGAACUCAACUUCACUAUUUAUUAUAUUAUUCAUUUGGAUUUUCAUGUGUGAUGGAUGGAUGGGAUUGAGGAGUUGGACGACUUUGAUUAUGUCUUGGGGAAUUUUGAGUGAAUGCCUGAAGGGUUGAUGCUUUUGAUGGGUGAAUGCAUAUGUUGGAGCGAAAGCGGGGGUGUAGUGGAGUUUUCUUUUUUUAAGUAUCGUUUAUAUGGCGUGCUAAGAUAUCAUCGAAUUAUAUUGGGAGGGAAAGGAAAUGGAAGAAAGAGGAAAGAAAGAGGAAAAGAAUGGGAGGUAUUAUGGGAUUGGUAGGAAAUGGGGUGAUAGUUGUUGGAUGGAAAGAAAUAUAGGAUUGGGUGGAAAAGAAAGAAAGGCAAAGAAAGGAAGGGAAGGGAAGGAGUGAAAGGAACAAUGAAUACGAUACCAUAUAUCGCGUAGUGCUUUUUGAGCAGGCGUGUACAGGAAGAAGUUGAAGAUGGAUAGUGAAUAGUGGAUACCAGAUUAGUUUAUGAAGAGAGGAAUGAAUUGAGGAAUCAAUUAUAAUCAAGUUAAAAGAAGAGAAAUGUGUGUAUGUAUAUAUGUGUGUGUAUAUAUAUGUGUCUGUAUAUGUGUAUGUGUAUAUAUAGUGAAUAAUAGGUUUUAUAGUUGAAUAGA